CUGUUGUAUCAGUCUGAUCCCUACACGGGUAUACACGGACUUCUCUUUUUUUUUUUUGAAAUAAUACACGGACUUCUCAUUGAUUGACUGUGCCAUCCGCAGGCUCGUCUCGCACCGCGUACCCCUGGCGCCAUGCAAUCCCUCGGGCAUCCCACCUCUGCGUCGGAACUGAGGGCGCUCGCCUGGACGACGCUCCUUGUUCCGAUGUGCGCGGUCUACGCGCGCUCCGCCUGCCGCCGCCUCCGUCCGGGCUGGCCCCGCCUCGCCGCAAUCCUCCCGACGCUCCCCGUCUUCAUCUACCUGCCGUGCUUGUUCAACUCCUACCACCUCCGCCUCUUCUCAACCUUCUUCCACACCUGGCUCGCCGCCAACAAGCUCGUCCUCCUCGCGUUCGACCUCGGCCCGCUCAAGCCAUCCCUGCCCCUCCUCCCAUUUCUCCUCUGCACCGGCCUGCCCAUCAGGCUCCGCGAAGGUCCACAGCCUACCAGCCAUUCUGCGUCGCCGGGACCGUCCGUCGCCGAUUUCCUUGUCCCCUGCGGCCGCAGCGUUCUCUUCCUCACCGGCCUCGCCCUGCUCUUUCCACACACUGGUUCGCUCCCUCUCUACGUCGUCCACUACCUCUACUGCGCACAGAUCUUUCUCACGCUCGAUCUCGUCUUCUCUUCCGUCGGCCUCGUCGCCGCUGCCGUGCUGGGCUCGGCCAUGGAGAGGCAGUUCAGAGCGCCGCUCGUCGUCGCGUCGGUUAACGACUUCUGGGGCCGGCAGUGGAACCUGAUGGCGGUGGACCUCCUCCGAGCGUCGGCGUACAAGCCGGUAAGAGACCGGUGGGGCCGGGACGCCGGCGUGCUGGCCGCGUUCCUCAUGUCGGGCGUCCUCCACGAGCUGCUCUACUGGUACAUGACGCUGGAGCCGCCCACGGGCGAGAUGCUGCUCUUCUUCACGCUCCAGGCCGCUUUCCACGUCGCCGAGCGGUGGGCGAGGGUUGCCGGGCUGUGGCGACCGCCCAAGGCGGCGGCGUACCUUAUUGGCACCACCUUUAUGGUCGUCACCAUAUCGGAGCUCUUCUUCGGGCCGUUCAUCAGAGCCGGCACAGACGUGCGUAUGAUUCAGGAGGCCGCCGACGCGGUGGGGUUGGUUAGGGCCGUCGCUAAGCGUCUCAUCGUCCGUCUAUUUGGGGAUGCUUCGAGUUAGAGACAGAAGAGUAACGUUCAGCUGUCAGGAUAUUUCGGGCUUUUCAUACUAGGUAUAAUCUGUGGCCGCUAUGCUUGCUUGGUUUCUUCUAUUUUCCUGAUUCUACUUCUGCCAAACAAGUUAAGGAAAGGUUUAGUAUUGUUGUUAGUGAGGGUUCGACGAACAUUAGGGAGAUUGAAGAUGAAUUGAACGUGUACUGUACUUUAUUUCUCCCUGGAGAUGUAACCUCUUCCUAUUGGUCCAAA